GGUCGAUGCGUGACAACCCUCUGAAGCACCUGAACGAGGACGAUCAGGGCGUCUUCCGCGGCGACAACUACGUGCGGAUGUCUGCCGACGCCCUGGGGAUGGCGACGAGCGAGGCGUUUGCGUGGGAGUCGUAUAAGCACGGUUCCAAGGUGCAUUUCCAGGCCCAGCCCACACAGCUCGAGUACAUGUACAAGCAGCACCUCGACAAAAAGAAGGUACGUACGUACGUCACUCACUCACCAGAGAGAGAGAGGGGCGGUGGGGGGGAGUGGGGCGAGGGGGGUUUGGGUCGUUGUGGACGUGACGCGUUUGUCGUGUGUGGUGUGCACUGCAGGCGUUGCAAGAGGAGAAGAAGCAGGAGCUGCUGGGCAAGUAUGGCGGCGAGGACCACCUCAACCCGCCCAAGGAGCUGCUCUUCUCACAGACAGAGGCCUACGCCGAAUACGGGAGAGACGGAACGUAAGCGACCAACCCGCCCCAUCCUCACACACAAGUCUCAGGUGCAAUACUGUCCUGUCUGUGUGUUGUCUGUCAGUUUGUUGAAGGGUCGCGAGCGUGUGUUGGCCAAGUCCAAGUACGAGGAGGACGUGCACCCCGGCAGCCACACGUCGGUGUGGGGCAGCUACUUCGACAUGGAGACGCACAAGUGGGGAUACUCGUGCUGCAGACAACUUUAUAGACACGCCGAAUGCACCGUAAGCUCACUGAACGAGAGACAUCCCCACAGCCCAACAUGCAUCUGUCUGUCUGUCUGUCGACUUGCGUCUGUCAGGGCCCUCCCCUCCCCCCUCCGUCAGCAGCGGCAAAGUCCAAGCCCACACCGGCACAGGCGGUCCAGCAGCAGGCCAACGGCCACCCCCUUCCCUCCUCCCCUCAGUCCAACAAUGACAACGCCCUCGCCCCUGCACCCACCCACCCACCACCGCCCCCAGCAGCAGCAGCGGCAGCGGCGGCAUCAGCCGAGCAGCCCGACCACAUCGCCAUGCCGCCCCCGCCCCUCCCUGACUUCGUCAAACCCAAGCCGGCCCCUGCAGGCAUUAAGGAGGACCAUGCGAUGGGCAGCAACGGGAGCAGUGGGGACGACGAGUCGUCCUCUGACUCAGAGGAGGACAAGAGAGGGAGGCGGCCAGCCAAGCGCAGGGACAAGGCUGCCAAGGCCGGUGCUGCUGCUGGUGGUGGGCUGCUGAGCGGCGCCACGACGGACAAAAAGGAGCGGCGCCGGAAGAGAAAACAGAGGGGCGAGGGCGACGAGGGGGAGGGGCGCAAGGGCGACAUGAUGGCGUUGCAGAAGACCAGUUUGUACGGCCACAACCUGGGCACCGAGGGGCUGGACGAGGGGGAGGUGCAGCGUCAGAUGAAGAGAAUGAGACAGGAGCAACAAGACGUUGACGUCGACGAGAGGUGAGCCAGGGAGUGACCACACCCACCCGCCACACCACACAUGGACAUUCACGUUCCUUUCCUGGCUGUGUGCAGGCGUCGGUCGUAUCACAGCAUCGCCGGCACCAACGCGCUGGGCACCGUCACUGCAGAGGAGAUGGAGGUCAGCGAAGGCCACACACACGUGGACUGACUGACAUCGACGCGUUGUGCCACGCCCUCGUGCGUUUGUGUCUGUUGUCCGUUCCCUCAGGCGUACAGUCGCAGCCGCGUGCACGCCGACGAUCCCAUGAAGGCCUUCCUCAAGUGAUGUGUGUGUGUGUGACCACACACUCUGUCUGACAACACACGGCUGUCUGCGUGCCCGUGAAUGUCGAGUGGGUGGGUCUUGUGUAACGGCGAGUGGGCGAGAUUUUUCCAUUCUUGGAUGGCUGCGUGGAUGGGCCAGUCAGCCGUGUGGAAGUGAGAGCCGGUGUGAUCUGUUUGUAUCGUCCAUCGAGAUCGACCCUACGCUGCUCUCCCCUGUGUGUGUGGGCUGCUCGUGUUUGCCGCUGUCGCAUCUGUGCCGUCGUGAAUGGUGCUCGUAUCGAGAGUAGAUGUGGGAGCCUUUUCCGACUGCAGGGAUUUGGCGACGACACACAGGCACAGGAGAGGGCAGUUAGUUGUACGACUGACACGCUCCUUGUUCCGUCGGCCCGCUCGGUGUGUGUGCGCCGGGGUGGGUAUCUCUCUGUUGCUCAAUGGUUGACACGUACGUGCGGACUCUCUGCUUUCAAUGAGACAUACGUAGGCUGCCGAGAGACAAGGGCGAUACACUCACAGUGAUGCGCAUGGCAUGGCAACACGGGCGGUCGCCAGCCACGGACGACUGACUGUCGUGUCAUGAAGAAUAAUACUAUUGCUCGGUG